AUGGCGUCUUUCGUCACCAACCUCUGGGAGUCGAUCUUCAUCCCGGGCCCGACCCCGACCCUCGUCCGAGCCGCUAACGCAACCUUCGCCGCCCUUCAGGUCCUCCUCGCUGUGCUCCUCCUGACGACCUGGAGCAUUCACUUCGUCAUCCUCUCCUUCCUCAGCGGGUUUCUCUGGUUCUCCAUAAACUGGUUCGUCAACGAGCUUGCCAUCCACGCCGAGCAGGAGGCUAAGAAGGCCCGCCUCGCCGAGUCCUCUUCCUCAGGGGUCGGCGGCGGCGGCGGCGGCGGCGGCGGAAACACCCAAGGGACCGAUGAUAGCGACACUGAGGUCGAGGGUGCCGUCGCCGGCGGUGUAGGCGCGCGAAAGAAGGGUGCUGCUGUCGGGAGCAGUCAAGUCGAGACGGCGCAGCAGCAGCAGCAGGCCGCCGAUCUGAAGCGUCGCACCGCCGCAGCCGUCGCCGCAGCCGCGGCCGAGUCCGGUGCCGAGGAUGCGACGAACGGGGGCACGCAGUCAAGCGUCAGCACCGAGGACGAGUGGGAGAAGGUCUCAGAGAACGAGAACGAGAAGGACAAGUGA